AAUCAUCAAACACACUUGCUCCCUCUCUAUUUAAACCCCCAUCCAACCCCAUCCUUGCAUCACAAGUUUACCAUGCAGUGGCAACAGUAUUCACGAAUGAGAGGAUGAGAAGAAAAGCUCCAUAAAUGAGUAGAGAGAGAGUGCAUAGCGAGAGACAAGCUGUAGGAUGAGAGGAAGAGAGAAGAGAGGAAGAGGGAUGGAGGGAGAGGAGUGUUACAAGGAUUUGAUACCGGGUUUGCCGGAUGACAUAGCAUUGGAUUGCCUCGCCCGAGUCCCGCUCCGAUUCCACCCGGGUCUCCGACUCGUCUGCCCCCGCUGGCGCGAUCUGGUCACCGCCCCCUCCUUCCACCGCCACAGGGAACGCAUCGGAGUGGCGGAGGACCUGAUCUUCCUCGUCCAGGCCGUCGUCCCCGUCGACAAGGGCAGCGGUUCUGACGAGGGGGAGGAGGAGGGGAAGGGUGGGGCCGCCGCUUGCCGGCCGCCGGUGUAUGGGCUUAGCGCCUACAAUGCGACGCUCGGGUCGUGGCACCGCGUGGUGACGCCAGAACAGGUGCCGCUCUUCGCGCAGGUCGCGGCGGUGGGGAGGGAGGUGGUCCUGCUGGGGGGCUGGGACCGAGCGAGCUUGGAACCGACGGCGGAGGUCCGGGUGCUGGACCUGGCGACGGGCGGGUGGCGUCGUGGGGCGGCGAUGAAGGCGGCGAGGAGCUUCUUCGCGUGCGCGGCGGUGGAGGGGCGGGUGUACGUAGCGGGGGGCCACGACGGGCAGAAGAACGCACUGCGGUCGGCGGAGUCGUACGAUCCGGCGGCGGACGCGUGGUCAGCGCUGCCGGAGAUGGGGGAGGAGCGGGACGAGUGCCGGGGGGUGGCGGCGGGGGGGCGGUUCUGGGCGGUGAGCGGGUAUGGAACGGAGGGGCAGGGCCGAUUCGUGGGGGCGGCGGAGUGGUACGACGCGGAAGCGGGGACAUGGACGAGGGAGGAGGGGCUGGGGGAGGCGGGCGGCGCGACCUGCGUGUGGGUGUCUGGGGGCAGGAUGUGGAGCCUGGAGGGCGGCGGUGGAGUCGGUGGCGUGAGGGAGUACGAGGGGAGCGGGAAGGGGUGGAGGGAGGUGGCCCCGCUGCCGGGAGGGAUGAGGCCGUGCGCGGCGGCGGCCGUGAGCUGUGCCGGAGAGAGGGUGUUCGUGGUGGCGGCGCAGGCAGAGGCGGUGGCCGAGGCCGAGGUCGGCGGUGGGGGCCACCGCGGUUGGAUUCUGGAGGUGGGGCCGCAGCGGUGGACGCGCGUGGUGACGCCGGUUAGCUUCACGGGUUUCGUCUUCUCAGCCGCAGCGGUCCGGAUCUAAAUUAAACCGGUUCGGUCCCCCUUCCCUCGACUCAGUACACUGUUCCACAUACAACUAUAAUAAUGACCCACAUCGAACCGGAUUUUUGUGGGUUAUGAGAGGCUACCUGUUGCAUAUAUUAUGUAUGCUCUUUCGAGUCCCGUGCAUGAUGUUAUAUACUCUCUUUAAACAAAGGGAUAUGUCAGCUGUUCAA